AUGGAGGAAUCAGAAUUUGUAGUUGUUGAUGAUGAGCAUAGAGCCUAUAACGAACUUAAGGAAACUGUUCAGGCCUAUGGAAAUGCCAGAGAUACCCUUUUCAAGGGUGUUGCGCUGCUCAAUGAUACCCUAAAUUUGACGAUGGAGCUUGCAUUAAAAAAUGCUCUCCCAGAUUUUGACUCGGAUCCUGACGAGUUGAGAAAUCGUGUUUUGGGAUCGCUUGAAAUAUCUUCGGAAGCCGUUCUUCGUGACCACGUGAAGAGCCUUUGCUCAAAAUUAGUUGCAGUGCAAUCUCAAUACGAAGAAUUGGCUAAGCAAUACGAGACUCUAAGAAUGAGGAAGUCUGCCGAACAGCCGCCUCAAAUCACCCGUUUAGCUGGUAUUCUUAAUGAAAUUGAAGCCUGCCUACCGAACUCUAACAUUGAAUCCACUGCCACGACACCGACUGCAACCGAGGAUUUUGAUGAGCUAUGCGCUCGUGCGGAGACCAUACGUGAUCGCGUCAAGGUUGCCACUUUGAGACCUACUUCGACGGACGUUUAUGUUUCAAGUUGUGAGGUGAAUCCUGGUGAACCAUCGACAUCCAAAAGAGAACCUGAAAUGGAUUAUCUCCUUUCCUCACGCUUUUCGAACCCUUUCACUGCGGUUCACAGAACCUCUAGCGAGGCUUCUUUGCACAACUGUCAACAAUGCUAUCCUCUACAAUACUCCAAACAGCAUGCUUCGUCCUUCUCCCAGUAUUCCUCUCAGCACUUCCCCGUAGAAUUUGACCGUCCUCAACGUCUAGUCUCCUCCAGCACACGUAAUAGUCUCAUUCUAGAUGACGAUAUCCACUUGCCCAUUGGCCAUGUUGAGCGGCUGAAAAAAAAACUUAGUGCUUCCCUUAUCUUUGGAACCUCAUUGGAUCAAAUUCCUAGUCAUUUGCGCGCCCUUCCAAAGCAAUUCCCCGGAGCUAAGGAGCUUUUCAGAUCACAGGAGGAGCUAUCCAUUCCUCCCACCCCCCCUCCUAGACAUGUACCUCGAAGACCUCCCCCUCAGUCUUCAGUGAAAACUUCCACAACAAAGACGGAUAAUAUCAUCUCCUUGCAGAGGAAUGUUGCUUCCCUAGCCGCGGCAGCGGCCCUACAACGAAACAUUUCUAUUCAAGCGAAAGAGUUGAUCGUAGAUGGGUGUGGUGGGAUAAAGGAACAAAUAAUUACUUCUCCAUUCCCUAAACUUCCCCCUCGAAAAUCAGUUUCGGUCCAGACACAGACUGAAGUACCUUCUUCGCCUCUUCCCCCUCCACAAUGGUGGAUGAGUAUGGAUACUAGUAGUACACCUCCAUGGCAACGGCAGAACUCAUUAUCAGCGACCUCUUCUGGUAUUGGGGUCGAUGAUGGUGGGAGCAGCAACUUUCAGGAUAAUUUUUCCUCUGUCUCUAAGACGUGUUUUGCCUGCUGCAAGCAUAAUGCCACUGGAAGGCUACCUAAUCAUUGCGAAUUUUCGAAUUGUUGCCCGUCCACUUGUCAUUCGUUAGAUUUGCUUCAGGAGAUAAGUCGUAUGAUAAGAGAAGAAGUUACAUCAGUACUGAAGUCGGAAAUGGGAGAUAUGAUGGAACGUCAGAUGGACUGUAUUAACCAGGCACUGAAACCACUGAAAAUGGAUGGCCAAACACCCACGGGAUCAAAUCAACAGGACCACGGGUCGGCUGAAGGUUGCGUUGCUCAUCAGGAUAAUUUGCCAACGACGCGCACCAGUGUGGAAGAUUUUGAGCGCGUGGAAAUACCUCCCGAAGAGUCCGAAGUGUUAUAUGAUGGUCAACCAAUGCUAUUGCCAGUUCCCCGUCGAUUAGUUAGACACUUUGGUUGUUCACGCGAUCAAGGAGUCUAUCCAAGACUUCUACCAUCUAGAUUACUGCCUCUAAUUCCGAGACGCGAUGAACCGCCUAAACAACAAAAACCGAGUUACCUUCCGGAUGAUGAGCGUCCUCUGUGCCCAAAAUGCCAGGUGUGGUUCCCGGAUAGACAUGCUCUAGAGAUUCACCUGGACGCCUGUCUGUCGUAG